AAUACAUUAGUUGCUAUGCGACCACUUCUAGUAAAUAAACAAAAAAUCCGCACUAUUUUACCUCGUGAGAUUUUUCAUAGUGUAGUGUAUGUAUUAUUACAGAGGAUUCUUUGUAUUAGUCUUAAAGGUUAAACAUCAGUUAAAUUAAAUCUGUGUACAACUUAAAUAUGGCAGAGGAAUUGCAAAAGGCUCAUUUGUUUUAUGACGAUAUCAAUAAGAUUAGAGUUCUUGAAGCAUCGGUUCUCAAGGAAACAGAAGAUCUGAAAGAUACCUGUAAAGAGUACGAAUCAAAAGUCCAAGAUUUUGGGAAGAUUAUAAGUUCACUGUUAGAAGUUCUCAAGGAACUUGGUGAUAAUGUGGAGAAGCAAAAAAUGGCUGCUAUCGGGGCUAUGAAUCUCCUCAAGUCUAUUACUAAGGAAAGAGAAUCGGAACAGGCCAAGUUGCAAACUGAGAUAAACGACAAAACAGUGAUUUUGGAGCAAUUGGAUAGUGAAUAUGAUGCAAUGCAGAUCUUGGAAGCGACACAACUGGAAACUAUAGAGUAUUUGACUCAGAUUAGAUAGUGUGUUAAGAGUAUAAGAUAAUUGUUAACUGGAGAUAAUAAAA